CUUGACUUUUUGAAAUAAGUUCUUCUUCAACUGGGACGCUCUACGUACACAAGCCUGAAAAACCUUUCCCGGUGGGUUCGUAACUUCGGUUAGCACACACAAGGUCGUCAAGGACAUAUGACGCGUGCUGUGUUUAAUAGAAAAUGUGCCACGGCGUGUUCUUGUGGUGUUAGUCGCUAGUGUGGUCUUGCGGCGUCAGGUGUUAGUUGGCGUUGGCGAUGACGCGGGGGGAGGGCGUGCCACCGCGCUUAUCAGGAGAUAAGGCGGCGGUUGAUAGCGGAGUCGCAAACGGUGGCGAGGCAUCAUAGUGACCAGGCCGCUAGGAAGCCGGCCGCCGCCCGUCAUGCUGCACUCUCUGAACGCACUCGCCGGCAAGAUAUCGCCGGGCGGCGGCCUUGACACAAACGCGAAUCGACACUCGCACCCCAACAGGAACCACAAAUCCUCGUCGCCAUCAUCGCCGUACUCCAAGACGAAACGCGGUGCCUUCCUGGGACACAAACCCGAAUCCCCAUGUGGGAUGAUGACGAUGAGCAUAAACAACAACAACAGCACCAGUAUCAACAACAACAACAAUGACGAACAGCCUGAAAUGCCGGACCCUGAUUAUAUAAAGAUGUUUGUUGGUCAAGUGCCUAGAAGUAUGGACGAGAACGACCUGAGGCUGAUGUUCGAAGAGUUCGGCAGGGUGCAUCAGAUCAACGUGCUGCGGGAUAAGGUCACCGGCGCUAGUAAAGGGUGCUGUUUUGUGACGUUUUUCACGCGCAAAGCGGCGUUGAAAGCGCAGGACGCUUUGCACAAUAUCAAAACGUUGAGCGGGAUGCACCAUCCAAUACAGAUGAAACCGGCUGACAGUGAAAACAGAAACGAACGCAAGCUAUUCGUCGGGAUGCUCAACAAGAAACUCUCGGAGAACGACGUGCGGUCGCUAUUUUCUGGGCACGGCGCUAUCGAGGAGUGCACAGUGCUGCGGGACGCUCAAGGGCAAAGCAAAGGCUGCGCGUUCGUCACCUUCGUCUCCAAGCAAGCGGCCAUCGCCGCUAUCAAGGUAAGCCCAACGUUACACCACAGUCAAACGAUGGAAGGAUGCUCCGCGCCUCUAGUAGUCAAGUUCGCUGAUACGCAGAAGGAGAAAGAACAGAAGAAGCUGCAAGCGAUGCAGGCGAGUCUGUGGGGACUCACAACACCGGUUGCCCCGACUGCGUACCUAGCAUCCGAGGCUGCUUUGUCGCCGGCAACUCAGCUGCAACUGUUGCAGCAGCUACAGGCGGUUGGGUUGCAACAGCAUCUAUUGCAGAGCCAGGGCACAACGUUGCUCCAAGGGGUUAACUACCAGGAUAUGGGUUUCAAUGGUGCAGGGCUGAGCGGGAGUGGUGUUACAGGCGUUGGUGGGGUGGGUGGUAUUGGAGGGGGGGCAGCUGACCAGCUGGGGGGGCUUUUGGCGCCGGUCAGCGUGCAGAACUUAGCUGCGCUUGCGGCCAUGACGCAGCCUGUGGUAACGCAGGCUACGGCGAUACAGCCCGCAUCGCAACCGCAACCAGCUGCGCCACAGUUGUGUCUUCUCGGGAAGACUAACAUCACAGGGUCCACGGCUGAGCCGCUGGGAUCGGCAUACGCAGCGCAGUUCGGUACAGCGUAUGCGGCGGCGCCGUUGGGUUCCGUACUCGGCUCGGCAGCUGCCGCGGCUGCGGGGAAGCAAGUUGAAGGUCCUGAAGGCGGAAAUUUGUUCAUAUACCACCUGCCGCAGGAGUUUACUGACACUGACCUCGCGUCCACGUUCCUACCUUUCGGCCACGUGAUAUCGGCAAAAGUGUUCAUAGACAAACAGACGAACCUCUCGAAGUGCUUCGGUUUUGUCUCUUACGAUAACGCGCCCUCCGCACAGGCCGCCAUACAAGCCAUGAACGGCUUCCAAAUAGGUACCAAGAGACUCAAAGUUCAGUUGAAACGUUCGAAAGAACUAUCGAGACCGUACUAGAAUACCACAAUUACAAUAUUCCAGAACUCGUUCCUAGUGAAUUGUAAAAAAAAAGAGAAAAACUAUUGCAGAGGUUAUAAGUUUUUGAACGUUUGUUGUGAUGUAUCCGGUGCACUUGAACUGAAUAGUCGAUAAGGUUCGUUCGAAAACGCGAGUCCACGUGCACAGUUGUUAUCUAUAUAAGUGUAAAGGUUAAGGUUUGUGUCAAAGGAUUUAUCGUUUCCAAAGUAUUCCCCAAAUUUCUUUUAUUUAAUAUAUUAAUUAAAAUUAUAUUAUUAUUUUUUAAAGGAUAAGUUUAGUCACAGUAAGCAUAAGUUAACUGCGUUUAUGAACAGUUGCUAAUUAGAUGAGCGCCAAAGAGCUGAACGCUUUUUUUUAAUCACCGAGAAAGAAUAAACACGGGCAUAGCCAGGGAUUGGUUCUGGGGUGGGUUAAUGAUUGUACGGGGCCGUAUAACAUAUCAUGAGAAAAAACUAUUUGCUUUUUUAUUCGUUUUAUUAGAGGCAAAAAUAUAUAAAUCAGAUAUCCUAUCAUACUGAUAGAGAUACUGACUGACUACGCCCGUGUAUACAAUUUUUUGUCAUCCAAAGCUUACCGUCAGCUACCAUAUUAGUAUUUGAUAGAUUUAUAUACUGUUACGUUCGUUGAGGAUAUUCUUUUUUUUAACGUUUGUGUUACCACUUAAAAUAACCUAUGUGGCCAUGGUCAGUUGCAGUUUUAAUCACAUCUUUGUUUAAAAUUUUAAGGUGUUUAGAAUAAUAUAAUGAUCUCAAAGUGAUCAAUGUAUUUAUUAAUUACAUGUUGUCAAUAGUGUACUUAAUAAUUGUUUCUGUUAACUAAAGUAAUCAUUCUGUCUAACCCAAUAAAUAACACGACGAUGAAACUAUUUUAUUCAAUAUUUUUAUAAGAAUUUCAAAACAUAUUAGAUAUAAUAUUUUUCUUAAAUUUCUGUACAAGUAUCUGCAGUAAAUGUUCACACAAACAAAUAAUAUUUAAACAGCGCUUUUAUCGAGUAAAACAAGAAUAUUAUAUGUACUUUAAUCUAAUCAGAGGAAAAAUGUUAUGAUGAAAACAGAUUACAUUCCAAACAGAUAUGGUAUGCUGCCAAAAUAAGAGAAAGACUCUUAAGAAAAAUGUUUCAUAUUUUGUUUGAUUGAAUUUUAAAAUGAGCAUAAACUCGCUUACUUUUUCUUCCACUUCUUGCUUGUAUUUCUCGUUCUGCGUUCAUCUUUUGAAAGUUAAAACAACACUGCUUAUAUAUUAUGAUAAUAGCAGAACUUUAUAAAGCAGCUGUUUAAAUUUUGUUUGCCUAUGGUACAACAAAACCCAAAUAUAAAUUUCUUUGAGACAUUUUACCAUUAUAUUUUCUUUUUUUUUAUUAAUAUUCAUACCCACUAACUUAUUUAUAAAACAUCGAACUUGACCCCUUAGUCAAAACAUUUUUGUUAGAAAUAAGUAUUUAAACAUAGAAUAAGUUUUUUGUGUAAAUUUGACAUUCACUAUGCAAUUUGUUUUUUUUUUUCGAAGGGCCUCGCAACAUGGCAAGUGAGACAAGGUAUCGUGCGGCUACUAAAUUCGUGUUAUCAACGUCCCUUAAACGCUGAUUUAUUGUAUGAGAGUUAUAUGGCAUCACAUUAACGUAUUAAAGUCAAUAUGUGUUUUAACAAUUUACCUACUUGGCCAGAUCUUCACCCUUAUCGCACCAGCUGUGUGGCGAUGAGCUUAUUAUCUCCCUAAGCUUUCUUGUAAUUCUUGUGUCUUUUUGUAUUGCUACAAAUUCUUAGCUAUUUAAAGAUAUUUUACUAUGCUACGCGUUACAUUAUAGGCCGUUUCUAUUUACUUACUUCUAGUAAUUUCUUUAAUGAAUUAAGUCUUACUUAAUAUAUUGUAAUUCCUUUUACUGUCAUUAGUGAAUAAUUUUGUGAUUGUUAAAAAAAUCGCUCAA